AUGUUUGCAGUUUGGGUCGGCCUCCUCGCUGUGAGGGUCCUGCACGCUGCCCACCUCCGAAGCAACGUAUCGCAUGCCGCCGCCCAGACGACUGAAAUCAGAUCCUUCUACCAAGCUGAGCCUCAGUGCCAGUGUGUGGCGAACAAUCCGGCAUGGAAGAAGACGCAGCGUACCGAACCCAAGUGCAUCUUCAUUGACCUGGGCGCGGCAGAUGGGAACACCUUUGCCAAAUUCUUGGAGAACGACUACGGUCGGGUGAAGGACUGCCCAUCCGGCAAGUGGGAGGCCUUUCUGCUGGAGGCGAACCCCCAGUUCACGAAGGAGCUUUCCUCGCUGUCGGAGAACUUUCCUGGCCAGGUUCAUUCGCUGGCGGAGCACGCCGCCUUCUCGUGCGAGGGCACGACCAGCUUCUUCAUCGACAAAGAUGCCACCCACAACCACUGGGGCUCCAGCAUGAUGUCAGACGCCCCCGAUGCCGUCAAGAGCGGUGAGGUCAAGGUUACCGUCCCGAUGACCAAUGUGGUGCAGCUGCCUUUCGCCCCAUCGUUGAUGGUCGCGAUGAUUGCUGAGAAUGUGCUGCCGGAGGACUGGGUGAUGCUGAAGGUUGACAUCGAAGGGGCGGAAUACAACUUCAUCCCUUGCCUGGCACAGUCCAGUGAGGCAAGCCUCGUGGACAGGAUGUACUUGGAAGAGCACUGGUGGUUCCCUUCCAUCACUGAGACGGACAAAGCUGCCCUGGCCGAAGCCAAGAAGCAGCUGGUGAGCAAGAAAGUGGACAUCCCGAACUACUACUCCGAGACCUGA